UACAAUCGAGCUAUAUGAACACUAAAUUAGCUUCUACCUGUAGAAAUUGACCGGAUAUCCCCGGCGGUAUCUCCAUUUAAGGACCUCACACACCCUCCCCAUCAGAACAAAACAAAAGAAAGAGAGGAGAAAGACAGUAGGAAUGUUGUAUAUUAUAGGACUGGGAUUGGGAGAUGAGAAAGACAUCACUCUCAGAGGCCUUGAAGCUGUUCAGAAGUCCCAAAAAGUAUUCAUAGAAGCCUAUACCUCUCUCCUCUCCUUUGGUAUCUCCUCCGAUGGCCUUUCUACUCUGGAAAAGCUCUACGGCAAAUCAAUUACGGUAGCGGAUAGGGAAAUGGUCGAGGAAAAGGCAGACGAUAUACUCUUGGAAGCUACAUCGUCCGAUGUUGCUUUUCUCGUUGUUGGAGACCCUUUUGGAGCUACUACGCACACAGAUCUCGUUGUUAGAGCAAAAAAAUUGGGUGUGGAUGUUAAGGUUGUGCAUAAUGCGUCAGUAAUGAAUGCAAUUGGAGUUUGUGGUUUACAACUCUACCGAUAUGGAGAGACGGUUUCCCUUCCAUUUUUCACUGAUACUUGGAGGCCUGAUAGUUUUUAUGAGAAGAUUCAAAGAAAUAGAAAGCUGGGAUUGCAUACUCUUUGCUUGUUAGACAUACGAGUAAAGGAGCCCUCCUUGGAGUCUUUAUGCAGUUACAGAGGGAAAAAGCAAUAUGAGCCUCCAAGGUUUAUGGCAGUAAGUGUUGCAAUUGAGCAGCUCUUGGAGGUUGAACAAAUGCGUGGAGAAAAUGCAUACACUGAAGACACUACUUGCGUUGGCUUUGCUCGACUUGGUAGUGAAGAUCAGUUGGUGGUUGCCGGUUCGAUGAAACAAUUGUUAGAGGUGGACUUUGGUCCCCCACUGCAUUGCCUCGUGAUAGUCGGUGAUACUCACCCCGUGGAAGAAGAAAUGCUGGAUUUCUAUAAGCUAGCGAAAAAGCAGGGCCAAGCCUGAAUAUUUUAAUUGUACAUCAAUAGGAUUGUAUGACAGUUAUUGUUGUAUCCAUCGUUUAUCUCUUGCAUUAUUUCAACUUUAAUUGGCUGUCGAUGUUGAGAAUGCCAAUCUUGCUUGAUGUUGGACGAUUAGGUUUGUUUUACGAUAUCAGCUUAAAUAGUACUAAUACAGUACUGAAAUGAUGCGACAUUGAUUUUACUGGAAGGGCAUUGCACAUCUGCAUA